ACAAGAGCGCGGAAGCGAUCUGCCCAUGGGCUCCCGCCUGCUGCUGAUGCUGAUGCUGCUUCAGGCAGUUUGGAAGGAUGUUCUGGGAAAAUCCCAUUCGCUGCACACCCGAGGAAUCAUCGAAUUGGCAGGAGCUAUAUCGUGUGGCACGGGACGGUCUCCCUUGGCGUAUAUUGGCUACGGAUGCUACUGUGGACUGGGAGGACAAGGCUGGCCUAAAGAUAAAACAGACUGGUGCUGCCACAGGCACGACUGCUGCUAUGACAAGGCAGAGAAGGAAGGCUGCAGCCCCAAGGCGCAGCAGUACCAGUGGGCAUGUGAGCGGAACGCCGUGCAGUGCGAUAACCUGACAGACAGAUGUGAAAAAAUGGUGUGCCUGUGUGACCAAGAAGCAGCCAAGUGUUGGGGAGCAGCCCCGUACAACCCGCACUUCAUCCUCUGGCCAGACUUUUUAUGUGGACAGACUCAUCCCACCUGCCAUUUCAGAUAUGGGGGGGCAGAAUAGUCUUUUUGGGACCUUUCUUCUAACCCUUUGAAUCUGAAGGUGCUGGAAUAAAAUUUUACCUCUUUUACCAGAGC